AUGCGCCUUUUCACCGUAAUCGGUCUGCUGUGCCUUUUCGAUGCAUAUCUCUGCCAAAGUCACGACCUUAUGUUGGGCCAGGCUACCUACGGCGAUGUGGUCGUUUACAAAGUCAACGAGUACAAAUAUGGGUUCCCCCUGAUCGUGAGGAAGAGUACGAUAGAGUACCCGGAACCGGGACAAAUACGCGGUCUGACGCCCGGCCAGCGUCGCAUCUGCCGCCGCAACAAGGACCACAUGCCGGUGGUCAGCGCCGGGGUGAAGCAGGGCAUUGCGGAGUGCCAGCACCAGUUUAGAGACCGGAGGUGGAACUGUACGGUCACCGAGGAUGGGACGGUUUUUGGUCCGCUCACUCUAAUUGGUUCUCGUGAGACAGCGUUCGCGCACGCCGUGACGUCAGCAGGCGCGUCUCUGUCUGUGUCGCGCGCGUGCCGCGACGGGCGGUUGGCUAGCUGCAGCUGCGGCCGCGCGCGUCGACCGCCCGGCCUACGUGACCAGUGGCUGUGGGCCGGCUGCGGCGAUGACCUACAAUACGGAUACACUACCUGGACCUGCGAGAUCAGUGGAUGUGGGCCGGCUGCGGCAAUGACUUGCAAUACGGAUACACGUAAAACUACCAUUGUCAUCAUUAUCAUGAAAACAAAGGCCUGUGAGACCAGUGGCUGUAGGCUGACUGCGGCGACGACCUGCAAUAUAUAUACACGUGAGUCUAUCAUCGUCAUCAUUAUCAUGGAAACAAAGGCCUGUGAGAUCAGUGGCUGUAGGCCGACUGCGGCGACGAUCUGCAAUACGGAUACACGUAAGACCACCAUUGUCAUCAUUAUCAUGAAAACAAAGGCCUGUGAGACCAGUGGCUCUAGGCCGACUGCAGCGACGAACUGUAAUACGUAUACACGUGAGACUAUCAUCGUCAUCAUUAUUAACAGUACAAAGGCCUGCGAGAUCAGUGGCUGUGGGCCGGCUGCGGCGAUGACCUACAAUACGGAUACACAUGACACCAUGAUUACUAUAAGCACAAGAAGUAAGGAGCUACUGCUGGCCAGCUGCAGCCACCCGGCCUGCGAGACAUGA